AUGAACUACCAAGAAGCUGUGAUUCAUACCAAUGAGAUGUUAGAUUUAUUGGUCAAGAAUGCUUCAAGAUUUCCACCGGUUGUGUUCUAUACACCUAAAGAAUUAGGUAGACUAGGAAUGUUAUCAAUGGGUCAUAUCUUGAUUCCUGCAUCUGACUUACGUUGGUCAAAACAAACCGAUACUGGAAUCACCCAUUUUAGAAGUGGAAUGAGUCCUGAAGAAGAUCAGUUAAUUCCCAGCUUGUAUCGUUAUAUUCAACCUUGGUCAUCUGAAUUUGAAGAUCCAUCACGAGUGUGGAACAAAUAUGCUAUGAAACGUACAGAAGCAAAUUCACAAAAUCAAAGAUUGACUUUAGAAGAUCUUGAAGAUAGUUGGGAUUGA